AUUCCCGGCGUUAAAGGGAAACGGCAGCACUCCUGAAACUGACUUUACAUUCAUUUUUUUUCUUCUUCUUCUUUGCUUUUAUUUCGAUUGCAUUUCUUCUCAUGUGUGAUUUAAGGCAAGACACGGGUCAUACACGCAGGUAUGAUGACACAACAGAUGAUGCUGUGGAUAUAAAGCUGGGCUCCAUGAGUGCUAUGAGUGACUCUCUGGAUGAGCUACACACUCCAGGCAGCCUUGUCGAGAAAGCGGCCAUAUUUCGUGAUGGAAAGGGCAAUGUAAGCGAGCUCGGUGGUGGCGACCAUGCCCUGAUCGCUCUACACUCGCCCUACCAGCUGCCCGGUGCCGUUCACAACAGGACUGCUGCCGCUGCUGCAGCUCUUUGCAGAGGGAAUAGGAAAUGUCGGCAGGGGGAGGAGAUGCAAAUGAAUAUGGUCCAAAACCCCUUUCCAGACCUGUUUCCCUCAGAGUGUUUGUUACCCUGGACCAAAAACAGCGCAACUCAGCCUGCAGAAGAGAGCAGUAUGAAUUUCCAAGCCAGACGAGUCACGCUGCCUGCCAUCACUCCGUUUUGCCUGCAAAAGCGGGUGAUCAAAGUAUACAGUGAGGACAACAGCAGUCGAGCCGUGGAGGUCCCCAGUGACAUCACAGCCCGGGAUAUCUGCCAGCUGUUCAUUCUGAAGAACCACUGCAUCGAUGACCACAGCUGGACGUUGAUUGAACACCUUGCUCAUCAGGGUAUUGAAAGAAUCAUAGAAGACCAUGAAUCAGUCCUGGAAGUGCAGUCUAACUGGGGCAUGGACUCAGACAGCCGCCUGUAUUUCAGGAAGAAUUAUGCCAAAUAUGAAUUCUUCAAGAAACCUCUGGAUUUCUUUCCAGAAAGCAUGGUGUCUAUAUCGAGUGAAGCCAAUGGCCUCAUGAACCACUCACAGCUUAUACAGACCUUUCUCAACUCCAGCACAUGUCCUGAGAUCCAUGGCUUCCUGUAUUCAAAGGAGCAAGGCAGAAAGUCCUGGAAGAAGUUCUAUUUUGUGUUGAGAAGGUCUGGACUAUACUUUUCCAAUAAGGGCACAUCAAAGGAACCCAGACAUCUGCAGUUUGUUGCAGAGUUUUGUGACAGCGAUGUCUACACUUUGUUAUCAUCCAGAAAAACACACGGAGCUCCCACAGACUACGGAUUCUGUAUAAAGCCAUGCAAGUCAAGCUCAGCUCGGGACCUCAAACUGCUGUGUGCGGAUGUUGAGCAGACCAGAACUUGCUGGAUCACGGCUAUGCGCCUCUUCAAGUUUGGGAUGCAGCUUUACCAAAACUUCAUCCAGCCUCAUCAGAAGCAGAAAAGCUCUCCAAUGAGAAGCAUUUCAGAGAACUCUCUCGUGGCCAUGGAUUUCUCAGGGCAGAGGAGCCGUGUGAUUGAUAACCCGUCAGAGGCUCUGUCAGUGGCUGUGGAGGAAGGUCUAUCAUGGAGGAGGAAAAGCUGUCAUCGACUCAGCCAUGGAAGCUGCUCCCCCUCCCAAAGCUCUUUAUCCAGCAUAGCAAUCCACAUGGCUCAGCCGUGGUUCCACAGCAAACUGUCUCGAGACGAGGCUCAUAAACUGAUUACUCAGCAUGGCCUCAUCGAUGGAGUUUUCCUCUUAAGGGACAGCCAAAGCAACCCCAAGACCUUCGUCCUGUCCCUGUGUCAUGCACAGAGAAUCAGACACUUUCAGAUAGUCCCAGUUGAGGAUGAUGGUGAGCUCUUCUACAGCCUAGAUGAUGGAAACACACGCUUCAGUGAUCUGCUACAGCUGGUGGAGUUUUACCAGCUAAACCGUGGAGUGUUGCCCUGCAAACUCAAACACCACUGUGCCCGAACAACCUUGUGAACACCCCCACCCCCCCAAAACCCCUGUCUGAUCACCUUUUGACCUUUUAUAUGUUUCCCUCAAAACCCAAAAUCACCAUGCUCUAAGCUCAGACUCACAAAUCCCAUCCUCUGUCCCACUACAAACCCUCAUUUUCACCAUUUUCAGACCCCUUUUUGUGCUUCAUCAAAUGACCACACACAUUCACAGGGUGGCUCUGGAAAAAUUGCCAGCGCAGCUCGUGCCUUGGACAGGAAACUCAAACGGACUCUUCCUGUCUAGUUUUAAUCUUCUCUCCUAUGUGAAAUUAUGAUCAUAAGCUGUGGGGUGCUGCAAGUUAAAACGACCUUUAGUGGAUUUAAGAAAGGACUUGUUAAGUGCUGAUGCGUUUAUGAGAAUGCAUUUUUAUAAAAAGGCAAAACUAAAAGCUUUUCACGACGAAGGCUUUGGUCAAUGUACUGUACAAAAGUGUAGACAUUGCAGCUUGAAUGAUUUGUAUUUAAAGCUGAAUUCUGGGGUGCUGAGAGAAGCUAAAGUAGCAAACUGUCAGUCAGAGUUCGGCUCUGAAGGCUGAUAACCUGUGUGUCCAUAUCAUGUGAACAGAAUCGACAGACAUGGUACAGCCAUAAUCACAUGUGCAAAAUAAGCUGAAUCUGUUGGCUUUGACAGAGGGCCUUCGGGGGAUUUGGACACCCUCCUUUGAGCUUUUGGGUAAAAUGUUAAAAUGUCUUCUUCUUUAACUCAUGUGACAAAAUAAUUCAGGUAUUUUAUAUAAAGAAAUGUGAUAUGUGUAGUUUGUUUGAAAAAUGAGACUUUGCUCUGUGCAUGCUGUAGGCCACAUUCUGUCCAAUUGCAAUGGGUUGGUGUUCGCAUGAAAAGGCAGCUGUCAAUGCUGCUUCACACACUCCGAGCAGACAUACACACUUCCUUUUGGUCUAUACUCUACCAGAAUGUACAUACACAUAGAAUGAACAUACACAGACACAUUUUGGUACAAAUCGACCAUCAAACAUACAUAUGAAGUUAUAGACACACAGCACUCUAGAGUGCUGCUGGAUACUAUAUGUGGUUUACAUGCUGAACAUUUAAACUCGGACAGAAUGUGUUGGCGUUGCUUGUUAUUAAUAAAUUGAGGAAAAAAACAAAAAAACAAUUUUAUAUUAAAAUGCAUAUUUUAUGGAUACUUGUUAAGAUUCAGGUUCACAGUGUUUAACACCUGAAGUGGUAAGUUUCUGUUUUACAGAACGGUGAAGAUGACCACUACAAUCAUUGUCUGGCGAUGUGCUGUUUCUUCAGGUUGUGAGAUUUCACCCUCAAAACCUUCCCUUAAGAAAAUAAAAGCUAUUAGUGAUUGCAAAUCACACAUGACUAACAUGUUGUACUGUAAACAAAAAAUCUAAAUAAAGAACACUUGAUAAAAAAAGUUUUAUUACAGUAAGAAAAGAAAUGAAAAUCUGUGCAUUUGUGUUGAAAAUGUUUUUUCCUUUAUAUUAGGCUUUGUUAGUUUUUUCUUAUGAAUGAAAUCAAUGCUUUACAUUUUUUUUUUCUUUUUUUCUUUUUUUUGUAGAAAAGCAAACUGUCCUGUCUGUGUGCACUACUUGAGAUGUUUUGUAAACAAUAGUAUGCAAAAUGAACCAACCCCACAAUGUUUAGUUGUUUCAUAUUCACAAGCUAAAGAGAAUGCAUUUAGAAAGGCCUUGAUUUACCAUAGUAUUUGCACUGUAGUCGAAACACUGGUAACUUUUCAUUUCCAAAGCUAAGGAAUAACUGUGACUUUUAAAUAAUCUUGGCAAAGAGUAGAUUUAUUCCCAAGCUUCUGCUGAGAAAUGAUCUGCUUUAUUGAUACGGACCCUGACAGUGUAGUGUAUGUAAAGUGACAUAUGUCUCCUAUAAAACUGGCUUUGUUCA